AUGACCAUCCAGCCUCCCAAGUUUACCGCUUUGGAACCUGUGUCGGAAGAUGAAUGUCACGCUCUCAAUCCAACCCGCAAGACACUCCAUCAGAACAUCAUUGGCAAAUUAAGACCUCUGCCUUUCCAGUAUCGUUGGGCCGUAUGGCAUGAGAAACACUCUGAGUCUGUCAACUAUGGUGACAGGCUAUACCCUUUGCAUGACGACGUCGCCGAUAUUGCUACCUUUUACCGGAUAUACAACAAUUAUCCUUGGGAAAAGAUUAGGGCCCGGGACACAGUGCAUAUCUUUCGUCGCGAGACGAAGCCUGUUUGGGAGGAUCCCCAAAAUUUGAAGGGCGGAUGUUGGACUUUUCGAGUUCCCAAAUCAAAGAGUCAGGCAUUCUUCCAUGAGGUAGCCAUCCUUUGUAUGGCAAACGAAUUCCAGGCCGCCGUGCAGUCCGAGCGUGAUCAUGUCCUUGGAGUCUCGACUUCUGCUAGAUUCAACUCCAAUCUGAUAUCCAUAUGGAAUAAACAAGGAUAUAACCCCAAAGCCAUCAAGGCGUUAGAAGAUAUUAUAUUACAACGUCUCUCACCCGAACUUCGUCCAACCGCUGAAAAGUCCUACUUUUACAAGCGCCAUGAUGAACACGAUGGCUACCAGGCUGCGAUUGAAGCAGUACUUGGUUCCUCCUCUGACUAG